UCGGCUGAGUACGAUAAUCUGGCAACGUUGGUCAGGGCCGCGAGUGUUCAGUGUGCUGCUUGGCGCGUGUGUGAGGGCCGCCGGACGUCUGGAGGCUACGCUGGGCACUGCAUGAGCCCCCUAGUGGUUGCAACAGCAGGCGGUGGGCAGUGUUCCUUCAGCAGGUGAAGGAGACCUAAGCAGGGCAUCAUGGGAGACGGUGGGCUGCGUCAGCGUGUUGCCCGCUGGCUGGAGGACCAUCGGGGGCUGGUGGUGGUGGUGGUGGUGCUGCCGCUCUCCCUCCUCUUCCACUUCUUCAUGCAGUUCAGGCUGUGGCUGGUGCGCACCCUCGUGUCCGCCCCAGAGAAGCACGAUGAGCGUGUCCGGCAGAUUCAGAAGCAGGUCCUGAAAUGGAACAAACAGCCAAAGGAGCAAAGGAAAUACAUGUGCACGGCCCGGCCCAACUGGCAGUCCCUCUCCACCACAUUCUUCAGGAAGGACUUAUGCCAUAAGGUCAGCAUUCCCCUCUACGACAUCCUGGAGUUGCAGGAGUCACAGAUGAGCGUACGUGUGGAGCCCAUGGUGAGCGUGGGCCAGGCCACCGCCUUCCUGGUGCCCCGCGGCUACACGCUAGCCAUCUGCCUUGAGGUGGCUGAGGCGACCCUGGGCGGCCUGGCCAUGGGGGUUGGCAUGACCACGUACUCCCACAAGGUUGGACUGUAUCAGGAGAGCAUCAUCGCAUAUGAGGUGGUGCUGGCGGACGGGUCGCUGGUCCGGGCCACGAGGGACAACGAGCACAGUGACCUCUACCACACGCUGCCCUGGUCACAUGGCACCCUUGGCUUCCUGGUGGCCCUCGAGCUGCAGAUAAUAAAGAUCAAGCCCCACCUGAAGCUCGAGUACAUCCCGGUCAAGGGCCAGAAGCAGUACUGUGACAUGAUGAGGAAGCUGUCCGGGGCACUGGACAAGAACCACCCAACACCUGACUACCUCGAGGGCACCGUGUUCUCCAAGAAUGAGGCCGUCAUCAUGGUGGGCAACUUUGCUGACGUGCCCGAGAAGGAGACACACAAGAUCAACCACAUCACUCAAUGGUACAAGCCUUGGUUCUACAAGCAUGUGGAGAGUUUUCUGAAGAAGGGAGGCGACUAUGAGUACGUCCCGCUGGAAGACUACUUGCUGCGGCACAACCGAGCCAUCUUCUGGGUGGUGGAGACCAUGAUUCCCUUCGGCAACAACCCCCUGUUCAGGCUCUUGUGUGGCUGGCUGCUGCCUCCAAAGAUCGCCUUCCUCAAGUUCACUACCACACCAGGCGUCCGUGCCAUGACCUUCACCAAGCAGGUGUUCCAAGACAUUGUCCUUCCCAUGAACCAGCUGGAGGACCAAAUAGAUGUCAGUGAAGAGCUGUUUGACCUGUACCCAAUCCUCAUCUACCCUUGUCGCAUAUAUAACCAUGGCCCUCACAGGGGACAGCUGAGGCCACCCCGUCCAGAGCAGAUGGUGCCGGGAGCUGAUUAUGGCAUGUUCAAUGACCUGGGGGUGUACGGAGUACCCAAGGCUGUGAAGGAGAGGAAAAGAUAUGAUGCUGUGGCUGCCAUGCGUAAAAUGGAAAAGUUCACAGCUGAUGUCGGAGGUUACCCGUUCCUCUACGCAGACACCUUCAUGACCAGAGAGGAGUUUGAGAGAAUGUUUGACCUGACGGCCUAUGAGCAGGUGCGCCACAAGUACAGUGCGGAAGGAGCUUUCCCUCACCUCCAUGAUAAGAUCAAGCCAGAAAUUGAUGUGAUUGAAGUUGGGAAGCAAUACAUUAAUCCCUUGUAACAAACGUGAAGACUAGAGAAGAAUUUUGAAACACUGAAGUCACAUGGUGCUGAAAAGUGUGGCGUGGCAUGGUGUGAUCUGGGCUUCCAGGUGUCUCAACCCUCCAGCAAUCCACUUGAAUUUGCCUGGUUGAUGAGAUGCCUUGCACACACUGAUGGGACCAUCCAGCUGUUAGUCAAACUUCAGGAGUCGAGAUUUCUGCUGGGUAGAAUGGAAGAUAUUUAUCAACUCGAUUAAGAAUAUUCAGUUGCUUAGUGAUAACUUAAGAAUCUAAAUUGCCUUUACACUGACUGUAAUUAGUGGACAUAAGAGACUUGAGGUUGACUGGUAAAUUGAUUGACAACUUUGAUGUUUGUUUUCUGAUAAUGUUUAAAUUCAAGAUUUAUCUGCCCCAAAAUUAAAUUAGUUUAUAAGUGAAGUAACUGACCUGUUGGGUUAAAUGUAAUAACAUUGUUCUGUCACACAGCAUGCUACUUAUUCAUUUAUUAACAUGGUAGCAACUUCACACCACAUUGAGUUAGCCAUGGCAUCUUUACAAUAUCUUGAUGACUUAAAAUAUAUUUGAGGGACACACAAAUUUGUUUAGUUUAAAACCAGAUGCUCACGGUUUUCCUCCGGAGACUCUUCGAGGUAUUUUUGACUUAGUAAGACCUUUUAAGACCUUGUCCAUGUACUUUAUGCAGUUUUUGCUGCAAAUGUAUGCCUUAUCAAAGAAUGAAUGUUAGAUAACUUAAAAUAUUUAUCAAAAAAAUUCAUUGUAUAGAUUGCUGACAGCUGCCAUUAAAGAAAUAUUUUGUA